UAAUGGAUAAAAUCUUUUCUGAUCUUAAAAAUAAAUUUAUUUUAGUAUAUCUUGAUAAUAUUACUAUUUAUUCAAAAACUUUCGAGGAACACUUAGAAUAUUUAAAAGAACUAGCUUUUCUUGGACAUAUUAUUAGUGAAAAUGGUAUUGCUCCUGAUCUUUCUAAAAUUGAUAAGGUUCAAAAUUAUCCUGUACCUAGUAAUCUUACUGAACUUCAAAGAUUUAUUGAUAUCUUGAAGGAAAAAUUAACAACUGCUCCUAUUCUACAAUAUCCUGAUUUUGAAAACCUAUUUAUACUUUUUACUGAUACUUCAUAUCAAGGCUUGUGUGCUAUUCUCGCUCAAAAGAAUGGUAAUAAUAAUGAACAUGUAAUAGUAUAUGCUAGUAGAUCUUUAAAUUUUGCUGAAAUUAAUUAUUCUCCAACUGAAAUUGAAUGUCUUGCUGCAGUUUGGGGAAUGAAAUAUUUUCGACCUUAUAUCUAUAUGAAGCCUUUUGACCUUAUUACUGACCAUUCAGCACUUCGUUGA